GGCGAUGACAAGGAUAUUGAAAUUUUGCUCCCCUAUACAGAAAGAUCAUGUCCCCUAUGCCUAAAAGAAGCACAAACAUCCUGCACAUGACCAUAAACGAUGAAGUUAAACAUCUAAAAUCUGAACACAGGGAUUCAAAUGCAGGAUGUGCUCGAAAAUAUACAUAUCUAAACAUGCGGAACUGUGUCACGUCCCCAAGUGCCCGGUGGGAGCUGCUGCGGCAGCCCCACCACCAGAGUCAACAGACUCCGAGACUGUCGAAAUACCAAGUAACUUGCCUAUACCUGAAUCGGUAAGCGUGGCCUGCCCCGAAUGCGGCGAAAGGUACUCCGGCCGCAGUGCACUAGGUGUUAUCGAGAAGAGGCCCAGCUGCACGACAGCUAGCUGGAGACCCUCGUUACGCAACUCCACGAUAUACGCCAAGUUGUCAGUCAUAGCUGCCUCCCCGUCGGAGGGCAAACCCGAAGACGUCGGCAUACCGUUUGAUUCAGAUCUCAUCAAAUGCUGUCCCAUGUGCAACGUUCCUAUCGAAAAAGACGAGGGCUGCGCGCAGAUGAUGUGCAAAAGGUGCAAGCACGUCUUUUGUUGGUAUUGCCUCGCCAGCCUGGACGUUGAGUACAUUUGUUGUAGCUUAGUAGAUACUUCCUAUAUUCGCAUCUGCUGGGAAGAUAUUCUGAUUAAUUUUUUUUUUUUGAAUAAUCUCAUUCAAAAAGGACCGACACCUUCAAGGCCGUAA